ACCGCAUUAAAUCUUAUGAACGAGUUUGGUAUCAUCUGUGUUUCACUUAACCACAUAUAUGGUCAAUUUUAUUACCCAUUGAGUCACUUUUCACAUUGUUUUUAUCUUUCUCCAGUGCCUUGUCCUCCUGAAAAUGUUGUGUUUGAGCUGGACUGUGGCAGUAACACAGCACAGGUGGAUUGGCAGCCCAGCAGGGGGGCUGAACACUACAUCGUCCAAGGCUUCGGUGUGGAAGAGGGAGAAACCAGUUGCGUGACGGACUCCCAGGCCUGCGUCCUGCCAGACCUCAAGUGUGGCUUCACCUACAACAUCAGUGUGAUCGCUGUCAACAGCGUGUGCAACGUGUCUCAAAGCGAUGUUGGACAACUUAAAGCAGUACCCUGUGUACCAGAUCAGGUGAAAACCCGUGUGGAUUGUAAGUCCGGUGGGGUGAUGGUCUCCUGGGGGCCGAGUCAAGGAGCCCUGUCUUAUACCGCAGUUGCUCAGGGCAGAGCAGGCUAUGCUCCAUCGUGCAUCAGCAAUGAAACAACUUGCCUGCUAAAUGACCUGCUAUGUGGCUUCAACUACUCCAUCACCGUUGUUGCUUCUGAUGACAUGUGUAGCAGUGCUGUGACGCCAGCUGUGCACAUUGCCACAGUGCCAUGCGUACCGCAGAAAGUAGCAGCAAAGAUGACGUGUAAGAACAACACGGGUGUGGUUUCAUGGCAAGGUGUGGGUGACGUGGCCUCCUAUAAGGUGCAGGCUUUCGGCCCUGAUGGUCACAAAAUCGACUGCAACAGCACUAAAAGCAGCUGUGAGCUGCCCGGCAUGCAUUGCGGCCAGCUCUACAACCUAACAGUCACAGCUCAGGAUGGACGCUGCGAUAACAGCAAGACCUACCUCACGCUGCAGUCUG